AUGGCUACUCAAAAUGAAUGGUACACAGUUCUUUGUGGCACAUGUUCAUAUAUAUUACCAGAACGAUAUCAGGAAUUAACUCCCAUUGGACAAGAUGCUUUUAGUGCGGUAAUUCGUGCUACAGAUACAUUUCAUGAUUGGUAUACCUUGGAUAAAGUUAUUAAACGUAGGAAACCAUUCCCGGAAGAUCAUAUUAGACAAAUUAUCUAUUCAAUUGUUCGCGGUUUGAAGUUUAUUCAUUCAGCUGGUGUUAUCCAUCGUGAUAUAAAGCCAGCAAAUAUUCGAAUAGACGAACAGUCAAAUAUUACAGUAAGUAUUGUAUCCAUGUCAAAAUUAAGAUAUUUUACGUAG